CGACUUCCCAUCUACACAAAUCAUGCCCCCAACCCCGGAACGCGAGCCAUCAUGGAUCUCAAAAACCCCACCGUAACCGUUGCCUCCCUUUCCUCGAUCGUCCACACCACCCUGUUAGCAUAUGACUGCGUCACCGAGGCACUAAUCACAGGGGACACGACUGUAGGCCUGAAGGCCCGCUUCCGGGUGGAGCUGCUGCGGUUACGCCUGUGGGGCCGAACCCGCGGGUUCGGCCUACUGUCUUCCCCACCUUUGCCCUCCAACAACGACAUAUUCGUUAUCCCCGAAAUCCGCCGCCUCGCCUUUGAUCUGCUCGGAAAGACGCUGUUGAUGCUGGACAGGCAUCUACAGAUCCGCAGGAAGCCUCCGCCCGUGCGCGAACAGACACUGUCGCGGCUCGAGAAUGGGUAUCCUGCAAUCCCCUACGCUCGGGUCCUAGAAGCGAAAUGUGCGCUUGAUCAGAGGCUCCUCGAUCCGGCGCAGCGGACGAAAGUUUUGAAGCAGAUUUGCAGGGUAAUGGACGAUAAGGCGCCCUGGCCGGGGACUUGGGUUGAGCGCACAACCAUCCGCGAGUUUCUGACCGACCUGGUGACGUUGAAUACUGGGCUGGAGCGGCUGUUGCCGGCCGACGAAGCGGACUUCUUGGCGAGGGGUCUUGCGGGCGAGAUCCUUGCCUCGGACCCUAGGUUGCUGGUCACGGAUGAGAAUUCCUUCGGGGUACGGAAUAGUCUGGCUGCGGGGAUGAUUCGGCUGCGCCAACUGAACGACCUUGGGGUCCAUGACCUAGAAGGGAGUGCAAGAACGCCAACAUCUGCGGGACACGAGGUAGAAGAGGAUGAAGCUCAAGGCUUGGCUCAUCCUCAGGCUAAGGAGGUACUGUCGACCUUCGAAAUCCCGGUGUCCUGUCUCCAGAGCUUCACGGAACCGCGCCUUCUGGACAUUGAAACACAUGACUCUACCUCGUCGCAAGGAAAGGUACUGGAUGCUUUACCCGUGCGAUCUGUAUAUAUCUACACCCCUGAGGGCUCCCAAGAGCAAGAGGGCCAUGUCCUUGUGGAAUGGCAGUCGCGGCUGGCUACGGCUGGAUCUACCUACCCCCCAACUCCAGACCAGUUCCUUGCACAGCGUCGACAACACAAGGUUGAGAUUCUUCGUGAGACCUCGGUUGCCGACAGCGAAUUCCGUGUCCUGGAAUGCAGAGGGUACACACUUGCCACUGGGCGACUACCAAAUGGGGACUCCCAUCCGGUGAUAGGCUUCGUGUACCAGCCGCCGCUCCUUGCGACCGCUCCGAUCAGUCUGCAUGAUAUACUGACCACCGCCUAUCACUCCCAGACACCCGCAGUGCCGGAUCUUGGAGACCGUCUCCAUCUGGCUCAGAGGCUCGCGCUUAGUUUGUACCAGUUGCACUGCGCCGGAUGGAUUCACGGAAGGAUCUCCAGCCAUAAUAUCCUGUUCUUCUCUGAUACGGAGAGUGCAAGAUAUGACAUCACUGAGCCAUACAUCUGUGGCUGGCAGAAUAUCCAUUCUACGCAAGGCAUGGGUGAUGCUGGUGGAGUAACGGGCAGUUUCUUGCAAGAGCCAAGCGCUAUUGGUCUUGGAGAUAUGGCUAUGUAUGCCCAUCCCGAUUGUGUAGCCUACGGAGAAGCGGAGCACGGGAACCAAGGGACCCACGACACUUACGGAUUGGGUGUGAUCCUGAUGGAACUUGCUCUCUGGGAACCAAUUGUCGCCUUGGCGCAUCCGGUUUACCGAGAAGUAAUGCAGUCAUUCGAGCAAUAUGCUGGCAUCAACCAUCGGAGGUGGUCCAAUAUGUUGAUUGAGGUAGCUGAUCGCAAGAUCGGGGCAAGAAUGGGCGCCAGGUAUCGGGCCGCUGCAAUGGCUUGUUUGUGUGGCGUGCAUUCGACUGACCUGUGUGAAAGCCUGGAGGCCGGCGUUGAGAGACAAUUGUCCUGGAAGGUGGUCAGAGAGUUAAGGUAGAUAUUGCGCUGCGACGGCUAGAGAUGAGCGCGCCCGGUCGGCUUUGUUUCCUGAAGUAGUCCCGGCUAAAUAGGAACUGAAACCCAGUUCUUGCUCUUAUCGCUAUUAUCCAAAUAU